AUGCGGUUGUCGAAAGCGAGCUUCUGGCACGUGGACAUUGACAAGUGUCUGAACGUCUUUGUACCUCAAAACUUUGUACACUGCUUGCCUCGGCCCAUUGCUCAUUUUUUGGGCUAUAGGGAGACUCCGCAAAAGGAACUGGGUAAUUUGCUCAUUGCAUUUUGGGCAUGUGUGGGCGCCUUCGUCGAUGUGGUUCUCAUUGAGAGCGUCUUUAUGAUACCACAGAUCAGACAUGAGAAGCCUCCGCUGUUGAUUGCCAGCUUCGUAUGCCAAAUCCUUCCAUUUCUCCCAACAUAUCUUAACGAACAACAGGGAGCAGCAGCCAUACUCCAAUAUAAUACCAUCUCCUCUCCUCUAGCUCAACCCCGCAAUGCAAUACUCGGCGAACUUCUUGCCACCAUCACCGGCAUCGGCAUCACAAAAGUGUUCCUUUUAUCUCCUAAGUUCGAAGAGCUACGAUGGCUGGCAGGUGGGCUCUCUGUUGGGGCUGCCUCCGCCAUCAUGACCGUCACAAAGACCAUAUAUCCACCAGCAGGGGCUACAGCGCUUUUGGCGGCUGUGGACCCGACGGUACAAAGGCUUGGGUGGUUUCUCCUGCCGCUUGCUAUGCUGUCUACAGCCCUCACGCUCGUUACGAGUCUGUUGAUCAACAACAUACAGAGGACCUAUCCGACAUACUGGUGGACGCCCAUGGAAGUCAUACAUGGGAAGAGGGGUACAGAUAUACAAGCGAUCGCAAAGGAGGCGCCAUCCUCAAGCGGUGAGGCGUCAUUGGAGAAGGAGCGUUGGCCAAGUCAUUCGGAGUCGUUGGACUUGCAGACGAUACAGAUCACGCCGGAACGGAUCGUUAUACCCGACGAUAUGAUGUUGACUCUAGAAGAGACGGACAUGCUAGGGAUACUGAAGAACAGGCUGGCUCAGCAACGAGCCGGAAGUGAGACUGAAGGGCAAAGUUCUGUCUGA